GUAUUCUGAAAAAUGGACCCCACUUAACACCCCUAACCCUGUGCAAAUUCAGACACAAAACAAAAACCUGGUCUUUUGAAUAAAUGUGACCAAAAUGGAGACUACGUACAUAGUAUCUUCUUGGUUGUGUUCUUUUGUUCUUCUUCUUAUACAUAAAUGAUCUUGUCUUUCUAUAGUACAAAAAUGGCUGCUCUUUUAUUGUUUCUGUUAUGAUGAUAUCUUCUUUAAGAGACUGAAAGCUUGGUGAAGCUGAAAAACAAUCAAGAAAAGGUUACACUUGAUCAAGGCAUAAAGGAAUUUAACUGUAAGUAGGAAAAGAAGUCACAAAAUGAGCGGACCAGAAUCAGAGAUGGUUUCACAAGAUGGAGUUCAAUCACCAUUACAGCCAGACCAAAACCAGCACAAGAACCAUCCGUUCCCGUCCCUCGGUCGACAAUCCUCCAUCUACUCCCUCACGCUCGAUGAAUUCCAACACACCCUUUGCGAGAGCGGUAAGAAUUUCGGGUCAAUGAACAUGGAUGAAUUCCUCAACAGCAUUUGGACCGCCGAAGAAAACCAAGCGCACGCCCACACUCACGGGCCCGCACAUUCUCACGCUCAUAGCCAGGUGGCGAGUACAGGGGAAGCCACUAGCACCCCACAUUUUGCAUUAGGACAGAGCAAUGUUUCGCUGGAGAAAGCUAUUGUCAAGCAGCCAAGCUUGACAAGACAGGGCUCGCUUACGCUUCCUGCACCGUUGUGUCGUAAAACUGUAGACGAAGUUUGGUCUGAAAUUCAUAAGAGCCAACAUGAGCAGCAGCAACAGAACAACGGUAACAAGGACAGCGUACAGAACACCAGUAACAAUUCCACUCAACGACAGGUUACGUUCGGUGAAAUGACGCUCGAGGAUUUCUUGGUUAAAGCAGGGGUCGUACGCGAACACGGUAAUAAUGCCGCCCCUGCACCACCUCAGCAGCAAUCAUAUAUGAUGUAUCAAAACAGCACCAAUCCCGCUAUGGCCACUAUGGCCCGGCCCGUAAUCAGCCUCGGUGGAGUCACGCCCGGUGUUGGUAUUCCUGGUUAUCCGCCACUUCCACUUCCACAAACCGGGGUGGUCGAGGCGCCCGUGUACCCGGUAAGCAUGACAAGGGGCGGAGGAUUCCCGCAACAAUCGACGCCCGUAUACGGUGGAAGAAUGGGAAAUGGUAGCGGGGUUGGGUACGGGCAAGUGCAAGGGGUAGCCGGGAUGGCGACGCCAUUAAGUCCUGUGUCAUCGGAUGGAUUAUGCGUUAAUCAAAUCGAUAGCGGGGGCCAAUAUGGGUUGGAGAUGUCCAUAAGAGGCGGGCGAAAACGCGUAAUAGACGGUCCGGUAGAGAAAGUUGUUGAAAGAAGGCAAAGGAGGAUGAUCAAGAACAGAGAAUCAGCAGCAAGAUCAAGAGCACGAAAACAGGCUUAUACUGUAGAACUUGAGGCAGAACUGAACCAACUAAAAGAAGAAAAUGCACAUCUAAAACAGGCCCUGGUAGUAAAUAUAUUAUCAGAAAUUUCCUUAAUUUUGGAGCGGAGCUUGAGAGGAAAAGGAAACAACAGUACUUCGAUGAAGUGAAAAUGAAAGUGCAAACGAAGGGGCAAAGGGCGAACGACAAAUUAAGAGGGAUGAGGAGGAGUUUGAGUUGCCCUUGAUGACAAAAUGAUCAAAACACAGAAGUGUGCACUUCUUGCAGAAGAGCAAAUGUUCUGUGCUAGCUGAUGAUGAAAUGGUUCGUUGCAAUUCCGUUGAUGUUCUUAGCCGGGUAAUUGUACUACUGCAACGGAGUAGGCGAAAAGCUAAGCAGACGAACAUGCACUUGCUUUUUAGCAAAAGCUGGAGUCUUUUGAAGUGCAACGUUUGGUUUCGAAUAUAUAUGUAGUAGGGGUAGUGUUGAGUGAAUUAGUGAGUUUUUAUCUUUUCUUCUCGAGCUAUAGACGAAGACGGAUACAGUGUACGAGUUAUAGGUUCAGUCGAACUUUAUAAUUUUGUUCCGAGCCUGCAUGUGUUUAAAGAAAGUCACUAUUUAGUAGAACUAAUAAAUUGUAACUCAGUAAAGCACAUCAGCAGUGGUAGUAACACUUUGAACUCGAACUCUUAAAAGUU